CCCCUCUUUGCGAAUCAACUGCCUCCUAUUCUCCCUACCUUCUUCAAAUCACCCAAACACCAGCAAUAAAUAAAAUCCCCCUCAAAUCAACAAUCGAACCCCACCAAACUGUAUACUUUUCUCCUCCUCAGCUCUCCAAGAUGGUUCUCAAGGGUCACUGCCUCUGCGGCUCCGUCACGUACACCGUCGACGUUGACGCCCCCCUCAUUACAGGAUACGACCACUGCGAUGACUGCCAGCGCCAGUCUGGCUCCACAUACUCUCUCGUGGCCGUGGUCCCCAAGGACAAACUCAAGAUCACAGGCGAGACCAAGUCCUGGGCGGGCAAGGGCUCCUCCGGCAAGGACGUCCACCGCAUCUUCUGCCCAACCUGCGGCUCCCCCAUCGCCCACGACCCGGAUGCUGCGCCCGAGAUCAUUGCCCUCAAGGCCGGCACGCUGGAUAUCGAGAUCAAGAAGACGCUGAAGCCCGACACGGAGAUCUGGACCCAGUCCAAGCUGCCCUUCAUGACCGAGUCGCUGGCCAAGCCUUUCAAGGGCAUGCCGGAGUAGAUUUGUUGAAAGGGAGAUAGAGAGAGAGUGAUGAGCUUUGGGAGCGAGGUUGCAUUGUUGUGCCGAGGAGGUUGAUUGCGGAGUCAGGAGUGGUGUUGGACGAAGUUUGGUGAGCUGCAUGGUUCACCAGAAAUAAAUUUUUGCAACGGUGUGUGCUACGAUGAGCAUUAUGUAUUAAACUAUUAUGCGACCAGUAGCCGCAGUCAAACAUCUACUCCAUCU